UCCCCCUCGCCUUACCUGGUCGCGCGCAUCCUCAGUGGGUUCAUCUCCUCUCCGAGAGAUUUACUCCUCCUUAAUCUCUCCCCCACUCCCUCCCUCCAUCCACCCCCGGCUGCUCCAUCUGAACAGCCGGCGACAGAAGGAGAAACAACCGAGGAACAAAUGAACGGACGGGUUGGCUGCCGGGCAAGAGGAGGCAUUUGCUACUUUGGGAUGUGACUUUCCACAGGAAGAUGGACCAUGAAAGCAAACGAUCUGCCAAAGCUCACUAGCGCCUGAUGAGAAGAGCCGCUGAUCCCUUGGGUUUCCUCCCCCAACAUCGCUUGACAGCUGAAGGAUUCAGAAAACACCAAAAGGCAGAGCUAAAAUACCAUGGCAUGCUUUAGGAAGGAUACUGUUCCUUAAUUACAAGGCUUAACCUGCAAAGCUUCAUUUAAAUUGUGGUGGUUUGAUCACACAUCAAGCACAUAUUUAAAGGAAGAGGCAGUUAUGCCCAUGUAGUUAACUGAACAGGUUGAAAUAUAUCCACUUGCACAAAACACAGAACAAACUUAGAUAAAAUAUAACUGUCCAUCCAGACGUAUUGGCUCAAAAUGGAUGGUGGCCAUAGAAACCAAGGGACCCAUGGCGGGUUUGAUGACUAUCGCUACCAGGAUGGUGGCUACACAGGUUAUGCUCCCAACGACCCAACCUAUCACACCAGGGAGGAGCCCAAUCAGGAAGAAGAUGCUCAGAGCGACGCUACCGAAGGCCACGAUGAAGACGAUGAAGUCUAUGAAGGAGAGUACCAGGGCAUUCCUCACCCGGAUGACAAGCCCAAGCAGAAGAAAAAAGCCGGUCUGUCCAAUGAGUUCAGAGAUCACGAUGAGCUUAUAGCAGAAAAGAUGGAAGAUGAAGAGCAGCUGGCCCACCAGUAUGAGAACAUCAUUGUGGAAUGCGGCCAUGGACGAUUCCAGUGGAUGCUUUUCAUUGUGUUGGGCUUGGCCCUGAUGGCGGAUGGAGUGGAAGUUUUUGUGGUCGGUUUUGUCUUGCCCAGUGCUGAGAAGGAUAUGUGCUUAACCACCUCCAACAAAGGAAUGCUAGCUGAAGAAGUAAUUGACCGGCAAGACAUUGUAGCAGACAAUUUUGUGAACUAUGCUUAG